UCCAACUCGUAUUCGUUGAGAACUCACUGAGAAGAGCUCACUCCUUCAUUUCCGUUCAGACAAGGCUUAGCUACCCCUUUUGAUAUUUCGGAAUCCCUGUGAUUGUGAAUGGCGCACUCUCUGUGUUUUGCUCCUAUUUGUUCCUUGAAAUCAUCAAACAGACCUGGGGCAGUCACCUGUAAUUCGGUUGCCCGGAAGGCUUUUCCGAUGAAAGAAGCAUGUCAGAUUUCUAAAGUUCGAAACUUUCAGUCUUUGGAGGUUAAGGCUACAGAAGAUAACAGUCAAACCACAAAAGUAAGGUCUAUUGUUUGUUCUGAUUGUGAUGGAAACGGUGCAAUAUCAUGUACUCAAUGCAAAGGUACUGGAGUUAAUUCUGUAGAUCACUUCAAUGGACAAUUUAAAGCUGGUGGAUUAUGUUGGCUAUGCAGGGGUAAAAGGGAUAUUUUGUGCGGAACUUGUAAUGGGGCUGGCUUUCUUGGUGGAUUCAUGAGCACAUUUGAUGAUUGAAUCCUGAAGAUUCCUCGUAGUUAAACAAAGAGAAAAAGAAGUGGGAAUCCUCUGUUGGUUUUUUUGCAAUGUGUAUUUAACAAUUCAUUCUGCAGUUUGUGGCAAUAAGAUUUUUGUCUGAAUUCAUGAUUGUUCUAUGUUUGAUUGUAUACCCGCCAGAUUGCGUUUAAUUGGAUUAAGCAAUGGUGGAGGAAGUUUGAUUAAACAAACACUCUUAAUGAUUUGCUAAUGCUUUUUCAA